UUAUUUUUGUAAAAGGAAAAGUUUUGUGAUAUUAUGGCGGAAAUAUGUUUAAAAAUGAUACUUUUUAACCAUUUUCACAUCAAGAUAAGACAAUAGUUUCAUUAGAAAGUGCAGAUAUAAUUUGUAAAUUUGACAAUUCUUUUGGAUAGUUGUACUUAAUGUUAAAUUAUGGAUGAAGAUGCACAAGUAAGUAACGAUUCUAUUAUAAUUGUACCAGAAUCUCCUGAAAGCCCAAGCAUUCUACGCUCUCCGAUAAUCAAUUGGCAAGGACAAGACUCACAGCCUUCUACUCACCCUGAUUCUGUACAAGAUGAGAACGCACAAUUUAACGAUAAUAUUUACAACGAAGGUGCUAGUUCGAGUAACAAUGAAACGAUUAACGUUCCAAGAGAUAAUUACGGUAUUUGGCAACCGAAUAUGGGCGUAUACAAUGAUAAUUCUAACUCGGCACAAGCAAAUUCAUCACUCCCUAACCCAGAAAGCAAUCAAGCAAUACAGGAAUCUGUUAGACCCAAUAGCGCUGAACCGUGGCGACCUGGUCUCGGUUUAAUUGAUAAUACCUCUAAUUAUACCCAAGCGCCAAUCGUACAUUCAGAAGAUAGCAACACAGGUAUGAUAAAUCAAGAAUCGAAUAGCUUACAAUCGUUUCCUGACGCUGACAUUAAGAAAGAAGAUACAAUUGAAGAACCGCCCGCGAAAAUUAGAAAGUUGUCCUCUCCAAAACAUAAUGAUGAGGUCGACGGUGAGGCUUGUCCAAUUUGUUUAGAUUCUUGGGGUAAUUCGGGUGAUCAUAGGUUGGUUGCUUUAAAAUGUGGCCAUUUAUUCGGUGCUCAAUGCGUUGAAAGGUGGUUAAAAGCUCAGAACAGCAAAGACAGGUCCUGUCCCACGUGUAAAAGUAAAGCAACAUUGAAAGAUUUGAGAUUUAUCUAUGCGAGGAGACUCGUGGCGGCAGAUACGUCACAGAUAACAUCGCUGCAAAAACAAAUUGAUAUAUUACAAGCAGAGAAAAGUAGGACAGAGCUGGAACUCGAGAAGUCAAGAAUAGCUCACCGAGCCUGUCUGUUACAACUGGAAGUCCUUAGGAGUACGCUCAUGAAAAAUCAAGUGUCAAAAGAGCAAGCGCCCAGAAGAUCAUGGAGAUUUGCUCUGGAAAAGAAUUUAGAAAUCAGUAAAGAUGGCGGCUGUAGAGUCCUCACGUAUAAUUGUAGGACUUACGAACUAUACGUUUCUCAAAAGAGCACCGUCAACCUUUUUCCCGGUUUCGGGAUUCGAAAAAUUAGCUGCACCGAUAAUAAAUUAGGUGAAUUCGUUAACUUACACUCGAAGCCUAUAAGAGACAUAACAUACUCGCAGCCCAGAGACCUACUCCUCAGUGUGGGACUGGACAGCAAAGCUCGAAUCGUUGAAAGAGGUAUUCCGAGUGCGUCUAUACAGUGCGGCGUACCUCUGUGGUCCUGCUCGUGGGAUUACUUACGUAGCAACGAAUUCUAUGUCGGAGGAGUCGGUGGUGUGAUACACCAAUAUGACGUCAGGAACCCGGGGUCAUACAUUCAAAGAUUAAACGCGAUCUCCGACAUAUCCCCUGUAGUAUCCCUUUGUUCAACGGAGUAUGGCUUAUUAUCGUGUCAAUUGAACUCAUGCUGGCUUUGGGUUAGUAACAUGAGGCAGUGGGAGCCUCGAUCGUUGCCAGUUGAGGGGCCAUUCAUGUCCCUGUGUUAUGACAAUGAGUCACACAGGGCGUUGUUGUCGUCUCGAGCUAGUGCGAACGAAAGAUCAAGACUGAGCUUGUGUAAGUUAAAAGCAAGUGUACCAAACGGCGAGAUAUUGUUUGAUAUCGAACAGACAUUUGCUGGAUCGGUUCGUUCUACGUUAAUGUCUAGAAGUUCCUUUGUAAGAGCUUCAGGGGCAUCCUGGGUAGCUGCUCAUUCGGAAAGUGAAUCGUCUCUUUAUCUUCAUGGGCUGGACGGUGCGAGGACGAUGUCGCUGCCGGCAGCGGAGCCCGCAAUAGACGUGUGCUCUGCCCAUUUAAACGGCGAUACCAUACUCGCGGCUCUCUCCGAAUCUAGAUUACGACUAUACAAAGCAAUACCGACAAAUUCUUGACGAACAACGUAUUAAUUACACUGUCGCUUAUGGACUUUUGAAUUUGGUUUUUUUUUUUUUUGUAAAUAUUUUUCGUGUUUAGCCUUUAAAUUGUAGGUUAUUAGUAUUUGUUAAAAAAAAAAAAACAAUGUUAUAAAAUAUUUUGUAUCGUACUGCCAUUUUGUAAUAAAUAUGUGAUUUUAAUUUUAAUAUUGUUGAAAUGUAAUUUAAGGUAUCGAAUAAUAAUGAUAUAUUACGGCUGUACCCAUAAAUGUUAUUUAGGGGAUUUAUAUUAUUGGUUAAACAAUGUUUUGUCUUCUUCUUUCGAAUGUCAAAUCAAUGGUGACAGAAAGAGAGAAAUCAGUGUUAAACUAAACCGCUAAACAUCGACCGUUCGUUUAGUUCGUUCUCUCUCGUUAGUUCUUUCGACGGAAAAAUCCAAUCUACCAGUUAAGGUUGGGUGAUAUAGCUAAAUAGUAAUGAGUCGAGAUGGUUAGCUCUGUUGGACACAAUUUCUUAAUUAAUUUAUCAGAUAAUUUUAUCUAAAAAUAUUUCUUCCUCCAUAUAAAUAGAGUUAUAAAUAUUGUUGACAAAAAUUAUAGGAUCAGUCUCGUUUGUGGCAUUAUUAUAUUAUACCAAAAAACGGUGCCAUGAUGCAUUUA